AUGGCAGACAACGGCGUCGCCACGAAGGCACCAGAAAGCGAUGCUCAAGAGGAGAACAAGACGGCAGCCGAGCAGAUCAGUGGGAUACCUGGAGACAGCCAGCCUGAUCAGGGCGCUGCGAGCAUGGGAAGAAAUGCUGAGACAAAGCAGGAGGUCACUAAGUAUGGCGACAUCGACGUGUACAUCACAAAGCCUGCCGACUACCCACACCAGCCAUCGAAGCUGCUCCUGCUUCUCACAGGAGGCACCGGCAUCCAGAGCACGAACAACAAAUUGCAGGCUGACAAGUUCGCAUCCGAAGGCUUUCUUGUUGUGAUGCCAGAUCAAUUCGCCGGUGACCCGGCGCCCACCACCACCACAACUGCGCAGGCCGAACAGAGCGCUGGCAUACUGGAGCAGGUCAAGCUGGGAGUUGCUUCCGUGGCCAAAUCUUUCACCAUCGACAUGUGGUUGGCCCGCCACACUCCAGAGAAGGUUCUCCCGAUCUUGCAGAAAGUCAUCACAUCUGUCAAGGAGGAGUUUGCCGAUGCUGUAGCUAAUGGCGGUGGCAUCUACGCCGUAGGAUACUGCUUCGGAGCGAGAUACGUCCUCCUGCUCGGAAGUGAACUCGACAAAGAAGCAGCAUCCGGCCUGCGAAGCCCCGACGCUGCUGCGGAAGAAGGUAUGGUGAGGCAAGGUGCGCAGAUCAAGGCAGGAGCCAUCGCGCACGGGACCCAGAUCGGUAAAGAGGACCUGGAGGGUGUAAGCGUGCCUCUCUGCAUCGUUGCAGUGAAAGACGACAGCUUGUUUCCCGACCACAUACGCGACGAAGGGAAGAAGGCGCUUGAAGCGAAGAAGCUCGAGCAUGAGAUGAAGGUCUAUCCCGGGGUACCGCACGGGUUUGCAGUGUACGGCGACUAUGAUGAUGAGAAGAUCAAGCAGUCUCAGGAGGAGGCAUUUAAGCAGAUGCUCGACUGGCUCAAGUCGCAUUAG